GUCGUUCGUCCACACUUGGACAAGUUUUUCUUGGACCGGAUAGAAGUGGUUCGCACCUUUCCAGGAAGGACUUUCCACGACUUAGUUACCCUUAGUCGUCUAGCUACUUGGGGACUUGGUCCAGUCCCAACUGCUGAGAACUUAAGUCACGAAGAGCUCACUCGUCGAAGGAUAAGCACGAUGAGGGAAAACAAAGAGAAAACAGUGGCUAGCGGGGACGAGGAUGCUGCUGCCCCUACUGUCAAAGUGGCUUCCGUCCAGGCUGGGAAGAGGAAGUCUAAACCAAUCUUAAGUACUGUGGACCUGGACGACCUUCCCAGUCGUCGUGGCCACAAGAAGCAAAAGUCAAGUAAGACUUCCCUUCCCAAGGUUCCUAAGUUCGUACCACCAACAGUGAAUUUGGACGAACCUGUGGUGGACGUGGAGCCCGUCCAAACAGUUCAUCCUGUCCAGUCUGAUCCUCCCCCUCCUCCCAAAGCUUCUCAUAAGCCAAGCCCUUCAGAGUCCUCUGAUCGUCCACCUAAUUUGGUUCUGGACGAGGGUUAUGCAUGGAGGACGUUCAAAGGAAUCGUCACUGAUCAUGAAGUUAACGAAUGUUACAACAUGUCAGUGAAGGAGUUUGAACGCUCUGGCAUCCAUGACCUUUUCAAGGCUAUGUCAAAGUUUUAUAUAGCAACCUGUCAAGCCAAGGAGCUUGCUUCAGAUGCUAAGACGGCCAAGGAGAAGGUUAAGGAGCUGAGCCAUGAGAUUUUAUCCAAGAAGGGGGAGGUCAUUAGGUUGACCGAGGACUUUAAUCGUCUGCUGGGAAGCGAGACGAAGCUGAAGAACGACGUGGAGGAGCUCAAAGCUGACAAUUUAGAGAAGGAUACCCGCAUCGUCCAUCUCGAAGGACAAGUUUCAGAGCUUACCUCGUCUUUGGAGAAGGCACGUGAAGAGGCAAUUGCUGCCUUUAAGAAGUCUGACGAGUAUAAGAAUCGUCUAGACAGUCAUUAUGCAGCUGGCUAUGAAGACUUCCGUGCUGAUGCCAAAGAGGCAUAUCCUGAUUUGGACUUCAACUCCUUCAAGCUUCCUCUUGCUACAGAGAGUUCCGUGUUGCAGACGAGUUCCGAGGACGUCAACAUCAUGGACGACGCUAACACUGAAGUCACUCAGGACGACCCUAAGGCGAGCUUGCCCAAGUGAAAUCUGUUUCCUUAGAAAAUCUACUUUUAUUUGCCUUUUCAUGGAAGUGCCCGUUGUUUUGGGCCUUUUCUUUUUCUUAUAUUUUAAAUCUCAUGCAAGUACA